AUGUCUCCUGCAAUUUCCUGCGCUCCUCUUUCAUUCACCACUCCCAAUUUCAUCUCCUGUCUUUCUCUACUUCUCUCUUUGUUCAUCUUCUGUCUUCGAUUUUGCCCUUGCCCGAAGACAUUAACAAUCGUUUCAGUUGUUUGGGAUAACACGGUCAACACAUGGAAAGUCGUUGAUGUUCCCUCAUGCCUUCUUACGCUUACACUUCCAAUUCAUACCGACAGAGUUCAUCGGAAGAACUCGCUUCAAAGCUUUGCCUUUUCGCUUCUCCGCUGCUCUGUGCUUUGCGGACGCACCACCACCGGCAACAUCCUGGCCGUUCCCCACCAUCUUCUUUCUAUCUACUUUGUCUUUCUUUGGAGGCGAUGUCGGCGUUCACAGUUGUGUUCUGGCACCGACAACAAACAAACUGUCACCGCCUACUGCUGCUUCUAUUCAUUUAAUCAAUUCACGUUUUCAUUUGGCAGCAGAGAGCACGAGUGGUUGGAGUCUUUCGAUUGCUGGACAUUUUUAUCUGAUGAAUGGAUUUUUUUUUUCAAUUUUGUUGAAAUUAGGGUUUAUGACAACACAACAAUCGAGGAUGAUGUCGAUUCACUGCAAUCGAUCAUGGACACCCGCAAUAUCAUUCAGGAUACAGCAAUAAUAGAACAGGUCCACGAUGAGCCUACCAUGAAAGACACUCUCUAA